AGAAAACAAGGUCUGAGCAAGCUAGAAAUCAUGGCGUCCGAUGCUAGUCACAUGCUUGAAGCUGCUCUAGAGCAAAUGGAUGAUAUCAUUGCAGGUACCAAAGCAGCUGCAGAAUAUACAAAUGGUGUCUAUGACAUGGUAUCACCUGCUCAGUCAAUGUAUUUUGGCACACUCCAAAUCCUGCACCUAUUGGAAGAUUUGAAGAUGGCAUUAGAAAUGCUCAAAGAUCCCCAAGAGAAAGAAGCUUUGCGGAAUCAGAUACCUGGGACUACGGCAGCUUGUAUACAUGACUGGCUGGAGGAAAAUCUGUCCCAGGUGAAUCACCAUACUUCUGCCAGUAAUGAAACCUAUCAAGAACGUCUGACAAGAUUAGAAGGUGAUAAGGAAUCUCUCAUAUUGCAGGUGAGUGUCCUCACAGACCAGGUGGAGGCCCAAGGAGAAAAAAUCAGAGACCUAGAAGUUUGUCUUGAGGGUCACCAGCUGAAGCUUAAUGCUACAGAAGAGAUGCUUCAACAGGAGCUGCUAAGUCGGACAUUGUUGGAAACUCAGAAAUUGGAUCUAAUGGCAGAAGUUUCAGACCUAAAGAUUAAGCUAGUUGGGAUGGAGAAGGAGCAGAGCGAGUAUGAGGAAAAGCAGAACAAAGCUGAGUCGGUAGUGAACCUGAUCAGUGAACUGCAAGAACAGAUGUGUAGACUGCAGCUGGAGAUUAAUAGUAAAAUCCAGGAAAGAAAAUACCACAGUAGGAAGCCAAAUAUGGCAGCAGUUGGUUCCCAAGAUAGCACUGAAUCGGUGAUAGAGAUCCCUACAGAGAAGAAUUGCUCUCAGUGUGAUAAUUUAUUACAGGAACUGAAACACCUUAAGAUUAAGGUUGAAGAGCUGGAAAAUGAAAGGACGCAGUAUGAAUGGAAACUGAAAGCAACUAAAGCUGAAAUAGCACAGCUUCAGGAACAGCUAGCUCUAAAAGACUCCGAAAUUGAACGAUUACAGAGUCAAAUCUCAAGGACGUCAGCAAAUAAUGAAAUUGCAGAAAGAGAGGAAGUUUAUAGGCGAAGGCUAAAAGAAAAACAUCAAGAGGUCCAACGUUUGAAAGUAGGAAUGGAAUCAUUAUUAUCUGCAAAUGAAGAAAAGGACCGCCGGAUAGAAGAGUUGACAGUUUUGCUAAGCCAGUACCGCAGGGUGAAAGAGAUCAUGAUAGCAGUUCAAGGAACUUCAGAAAGAGUUUUGUCUGGUAGCAGUGAAGAUGAUAUUGAGGCAACUUUACGAAAAUGGAAUCCCAUGAAUAAACCAGAGGUACCUCAAGGGGAAUCAACCCAACCUAUACUGGAAAUCAGUGAAAGCUCUCCAGUUCCUGCAAAUAACCUCUUUUCGACAAAUGGGGAAAGCCUGGAGCUCCGAAAUAGGGUAUCUCAGAAGAAAAUCUCAAGUAGUCUAGAAGACUUGCAAAGUGAAUCCUUGGAAAAGCAUGUAGAUGGGAAACCAGUAGAACGUGAUAUAGAACAAGAGAAUAAGUCAUAUGUGAAAAGCAGCAAGUACCAAACCUUGCCAGGAAAGCUUCUUCGGCCAGCACACAAUGGUGAUAAUGGGGUAUACAAUACGCCUGCUUCUCCAAAGACAUGUCGUGUUAAUGGCAAUGAGGACAACAGCAUACAGAGCCUGAAUCGCAUCAGGAGUGUCAGUGCACCAAUAUUAGGGGACUCUGACAAUAUGGAUGGUACAAUUACUUCAGAUGACCUUUCACCCUUGUCAUCUGGAACAGAAUCGGGAGCACAGUCUCCGUUAUCUCCAGAAAGCAAAAGAAGUCCAAAAGGCAUAAAGAAAAUAUGGGGAAAAAUACGCAGGACUCAGUCUGGGAAUUUCCCUGGCGAUGAUCUGGGCUUGGUUGAAUUUCGAAGAGGUGGCCUCCGGGCAACAGCUGGACCUAGAUUGUCUCGGUCAAAGGAAACCAAGGGGCAGAAGAAUGAUCAUAAUGCCCCAUUUGCACAAUGGGGCACUGAACGAGUUUGUAACUGGCUUGAGGACUUUGGUCUUGGUCAGUAUGUCAUUUUUGCACGACAGUGGGUAUCAUCUGGCCACACACUUUUAACAGCAACACCACAGGAUAUGGAAAAGGAAUUAGGAAUAAAGCAACCUUUGCACAGGAAGAAAUUGGUUUUGGCAGUUAAAGCUAUAAAUACAAAACAAGACGAAAAGUCUGCACAGCUAGAUCAUAUCUGGGUGACACGGUGGCUUGAUGAUAUUGGCUUACCUCAAUACAAAGAUCAGUUUCAUGAAUCAAGGGUUGAUGGCAGAAUGCUUCAAUAUCUAACUGUGAAUGACCUCCUCUUCCUCAAAGUCACAAGCCAGCUGCAUCAUCUCAGUAUUAAAUGUGCCAUUCAUGUGCUGCAUGUGAACAGUUUCAACCCUCACUGCCUACGUAGGAGGCCAGCAGAUGAGAAUAACAUUUCACCUUCUGAAGUAGUUCAGUGGUCCAAUCACAGAGUGAUGGAAUGGCUUAGAUCGGUAGAUCUGGCAGAAUAUGCACCAAACCUUCGAGGAAGCGGUGUUCAUGGUGGCCUCAUUAUCCUUGAACCUCGUUUUAAUGGUGAUACUCUGGCAAUGCUUCUCAACAUUCCGCCUCAAAAGACGCUGCUAAGACGCCACUUAACCACUAACUUCAAUGUGCUCAUUGGACCAGAGGCACAGCAAGAAAAGAGGGAAAUAAUAGAAUCUACGGCUUAUACGCCUCUGACUACCACCGCUAAAGUCCGGCCAAAGAAACUUGGAUUUUCUCAUUUUGGAAACUUAAGGAAAAAGAAAUUUGAUGAAUCUACAGAUUACAUUUGCCCUAUGGAUACAAGCCCAAGUACGACCAAUGGUACUCAGAGGAGCUAUGGUGCAUACAAAGUGCACAACGUACUCCCCGACAAAGAAUUAGACAAACUGGAUCAGAUGGAGCAUUCAGAAGGAACAGUAAUGCAAAUAGGGGAACUCUCUCAAGGAAUAAGCAAACUCACGACUAUGUUAAGCCAAGAUCAGAUGUUGAAUGAUGAUAGAUUUUUAACACCAGCAUUUGAGGAAUGGAGAUGAAGAUUCCAUGUGACCAACACCACUAAUAACUCACUUGUAUUAAGAGAUAUGACUGGUGCAGGCUGGGUGCUAUAUUUAAACAUCUGCCGAUGUCUUUGCCACUGAAAUAGGAGAAAUUUUAAGUAGCUUUUAAAACAUCCCAACGGGUGAAAACCCCACAGUCUAGAUACUUAACACAUGCAUUCAAGGAACCUAUGCAACAUUUUUAGAAAUAAGGAAAUUUAGGAUAUGUAAAUACAUUUUUAAAGUGGCAUGAGCCGUUUACUGGUCAGUGAUCCAUUUUCUAUAUUUUGUACCUUUAGAUUUGCUCAUGGUGCAGAUUGUAGGACUCUUGUGAGUUUUCUAAGAUGUCCCUGCUUCAGAAUGGUUAAUUCGACUGAUGCAAUUAUUUACUUUUAAUACAGUAUAACUUACAGUAUAGAAGAACUUAUUCCCUAGUGUUACAAAUGUGUUAAUUACUUCACUGCUUCUAAUGAAGCUACAACAAGUGCUGCCUGUUGAACGUUAGAAAUUACCAAUAUUUGAAGAAUCAUUCCUACCCUGUACGCAGCAUUUCUACCUUCAUUACAUAUUCUAAACCAUGGUCUGUAAUAAGCAAUCUUAACUUCAUUUACUUAACAAGGCUAAGCAGUGGAGUAUAGAAGACUGGUCCUGUAAUGUCAUAGCUGUUUCUAUGACAUUUCAUCCUCCUUACACUAGCGGAUAUUAUAUUGGAUGAUCUAGAAGACGAUAUAUUUUGCUCAAGGAUUUAAAGUGUGCACAUCAAAUACCACAUUCUUCUAGUUCAGUUAUAGUGAAGUUAUUUCAAAGGAAAUUAUGGUUAGUAAGCUUCCAAGUGUUGUUUUUACCUGGUCACCUGAAAGCAAAAUACUCUUCAUAAAAUGUCUUUAAAAUUUAAUUAUGAAGAACGAUGAAGGGACCAAACAGAAUAUUACCGGGCCCAGACUUAUUUUCUCUGUCUGUCUUCUAACAUCACUGACCAGUAUAAUACAGGAACUCCACAAAGGGCUCUCUAACAACCAAGAUAGAAAUUAGCAGAGGCUUUUUUUUUUAACAUUGCAAAACUCAAGGGGAAAUGUCAUUAUGACAGGAAAGAAACUCAAGGGGAAAUGUCAUUAUGACAGGAAAGAAGUACAACUACUAACCUCUUUGAAGCUUUGAUAUCCUAAGCAUAAGAAGCAGGCUUUUAAUCACAGCUUAAAAUCCUGCAAGACAGGACUCUUAUCUUAUUAAAGUAUCCUGAGACAUUUUCUUUAUGUAGCAAAUUUAAUUUUGAAAAGGCAAUGACUUGUGAUCCCCUAAAAUCUCUGUAGCUCUCUAAGUGUGCCUCUGAUCAGGGGAAGAAUUAGAUUAGCCUUCAGAUAGAAUAUUUCCUGAUGUGGGGAAAUUACAUGUUCUUUACGAGGGGAAAAGUUGUUCUUAUGUAGAGCAUCUGUAACUUCCACUUCUCUAACACUGUUGCUCUGUAAUCAUGACUCUUACAUUGCACAUAACUGCUUUAGCUUCCUCUUCCAAUGAGAUUUCCUAGGGCAGACCUAGGCCUGCUCCGGAAGUAAUUUUAAUAGCAAACAAUUCUGAACAUUAUCUUUUGUUUGUUCUGCAAUCUUUGCUGAUCUGUCCUGAAGACCUCCAGCAUGCUGUACAGUGCUGAACAUCUGAACUUCACUACGCAAGGGUUCCAUCUGCUGGUGAUACAAAGUUUUGUUCACAAGAGACAUUCCAUUCUGUUACCAUUCUACUAAUAACCCUGACUGUUUUCUUCCUGCAACAUCUCUGGUCAACACUCAACCAGAAGGCAUUAAUUGAAUCACACUGUGAGAAUAAUAAAUGCCAAGCUGCCAACCCACCUUACAGAGUUACAUAAUAGGCCUUUGGA